AUGUCUACAUCAGUAGGAACAGCGUCUUACUCAAAAACUUAACUUCCAAGUAAGCAAACAAAGAUAUAAGCUAGGAAUUAAGCAGACGAAGAUCGCACACCACCAAGCAAUACAUAGAAUGUUAAAUAAAAUAGUAAUGUUAGUAAUAAUGUAAUCGGCGAAAAUAAAAAGAAAACUUAAAUUUCAACAAACUCAACUCCUAGAAACGGAGAUUUAAAAAAUUAAUAAAAUUCUAAUAUUAAAUAAAAUGAAGCAUCACAAAAUCAAGCAGUAAAUAAAUCACCUUAUAAAAUUAAUUAGACUAAUCACAACAACGGAUACUAUUCGUAGAAAAGCUAUCGUGAGUAACGUCAUUAAGAGUUAGAAGAAAAUUUUAUAAAUAAAAAUUUAUAGAUAGGUGAGGCUAUAGAAAAGUCGCAAAAAGAUAUUAGGUUGAAAUUAUCCUAGUAAUCACAUAUGGCAGAUAUAUUUUCACAAUAACCACAGUCUUAAUAAAGUUUAUCAGAUUGGAAAUAGGAUUAGCAUAAAAAUGGCAUUAAUAUUUAUUAAUAAAAUUAAAUAAACAAUACUUCUUAAGAAUUUAUUCCAUAAACUCCAGAAGCAUAUAAUAAUGAAUCAAAUAACUACUACUAAUAUGAAGGUCAGAAUGAAUACAGAGAAUAAUAGAAGUUAAAUUUAAAGCCUUCUGACACUAAAUUAUCAGAUUAUUUAAAUUUGAGAAACUAAGUAAACUCUCCUUCUGUGCAUUAAAGGUUGUAUCAUUAAGCAGUUUCGUAAUAAAAGUAAUAAUAAUAAUCUAACUAAUUAAAUGAUAAACAGCAAAAUAACCAUUAAUCUAUUUUUUCUGUUGGUCCCAGAAAUUAUUCAUCAGAAAAGCAUUCAUAAAAAUUUCGCUCUAGCUCAAAUAGGAAACAAAGACCUACUUAUUACAGUGGUACUAAAAUUCCUCCAAAUGAAGAUGGUUCUUUUGUUAAUGAGGGUUUAUAAUAAGGUUAAAAUAAUUUUCCUUAGAAAUAUUUUUCAUAGUCAUAGGAUUUUGGUGAAGAAGGGAAUAGCUCAUUUAUAAAUAACAGCAGUUAAAUACCAUCAUCAUAUUAAAAGCAAAGGAAUAUUGGGAAUUCUCAUCAUAGAACACAAUCUAAUAAUCGUUACUAAAGUAGAUAAGAAGGCAAAAGAUUAAAUCUUCCAUAAAUAGAUUAAAAUUUAAUAAAUGCAGGUACGUUUCCCCAUUCUUCAACAGUAAGAAAUUCUCAAAAAGCAUAUUUUAGUCGAUAAUAAUCACCAUUAGGUUCAAGUAAUGAAUUAGCUACCCCAAAUUCGAGAACUCCUCGUAUAUAAUACAAUCGAAGAGACAGUUCAACAAGAAUCAAAGAUCUAGGCAACUCUAUUUAAGAAAGAUAUAGUGAUAAAAUAGAAAAAAUGAAAUUGAAAUAUUCUUCCAAAAAUCCUUUCUCAUAAAAUACAAACCUAGAUGAUGAAUUAGACUCUCAUAGAUAUCAACAAUAUCAACAGAAUGAUGGACAACAAUACAACAUACAAAGAAAGGAGUACCAGUAGACUAUAUAGUAAGCUGCUAUUAAUAUUGAAGAGUAAAGAUAAAAAAUAAGAAAGCAUGAAGAGUAAAGAGACCAAGAAAUAAUUAAUUAAAAUUAUACUUAUAAGGAUUAUAAUAGAAGAAGCAAUGAUUUCUCUCCUAGAUUUUCUAAAUAGGAUGGAUAAAAUAACUAAACUGGCAACGAUAUUUAUGAACAAAACCUUUAGGAUAAUAUUUUUAAGUAAUAGAAAAAUCAAAAUGACUAAAUAGAUAAAGGAUAAGGCAAUUAUCUUUAUAAGGACUAAAUUAGGAAGCUUUCAAGUUACAACUUAAAAUUAAAUACAACUGAAGAAAGAAUUUAAAAAAUUCUAACAAAAGAAGAUUCUAAUUUUUCAGAAAAUUAACAAAUGGUGAAAUAAUUUUCCUAAAGCAGUAAAAUAUCUAAUAAUGCUCAUGAUAAUUUACAUUAGCAGCAACCUAAUCAAGUAAGAAGAGGUUCUUUACAAAAUUUGGAUGGCAUAACAAAUAAAAAGUAAAGAUAUUAAGAUAUUGAUCAUGUUAAUAUGAAUCAACGAGAUUUACUUAAUGAAAAUAAUGGAUUUACUUAAAGCGAAUACAAUCACUCUAAUUCACCACCUAAUAAUAGCUUUAAUUAAAUCCCUAGGUCAGACUCUAAAGCUAAGCGCAUAUAAUAAAAUUAUUACUAUUAAUAAGAACCAUAAAAAUAAAUUAAUGAUAAUUAAGAAUUUGUAACUCUUCCAAAUUCUUAACCCUAAACUCCUCAAUAAUACUAAUAAAAGCAAUAUUAAUAACAAUUUUAAUAGCAUUAACAACAACAAUAAUAAUAGCAGUAAUAAUAACAUUAUGAUAAUGAUGAUUUUAGUAGAAAUCAGACAAGAAACGAAAUCAAUAAUAGAGAUAACUAUACAAAUGAAGAUUUAUUAAAUGAAAAAUAUAAUAAUAUGGGAAAUACCUAAAAUACAAAUAUUGAUGAUAUUUACUAAAGAAAGAGAGAAAAUGUUGUGAAGAGAGCUUAAGAAAAACUCCAUUCUUUAAAUGAUAAAAUGGAGACAUUUGACCAUGUAGGAGACCUUAAAAUGAAGAAAUUAUAUCAUAAUUUGAAUCCUUAGAUAAUAGAAAACUUAAAAGCUCCUUAGCAUAACCAAUAACCAAGUUAUAGAUAGCAAAACAAUCCUCAAAUAAUAGAUACAUUUGAGAAUACUAGUGAUAUCAAAGACUAACCACUCUAAAAUGAAACAAAACCUUAAAAUUAAAUUAAAGAAAACUUUCGUACUCCAUAGAAGUAAUAAAUAACUGAAAAUAAUAGAAGUAAUUCAAAAAGGAGAGAUUCCAUUUAAAAAGAGUCUGGAAAUUUAAGAUACCCUCAUAAAAGUUAAAAUACAACACUCAUUGAUACAUUUGAAGGAGAAAAAAAUAAUAUCUAUAAUUAUCAUAGUAUGGUAAAUAAUCAAAAAUAAAUAUCAAAGGAAAGUAGUAGAUUUGACACGUUUGAUAGCAAAAUUAAAAAUUAAUAAUCACUUAAUACUGAGUAUUAAUAAAAAAUGUCAUUUUUAGAUAAAAAACUUGCAAAUCUUCAAUAGCUAAAGGAAAAAUAGAAAAAGUAAUAUUUUAUAGAAUCAGAUAAUCCAAGAUACCAUCAACCCAAUAAAAUAGAAGAGGAAGAUGAGAGAUACAGAAAGACUACUAAUGACUUAUAUGAUGAAUAACAGCAAUAUUAUUAAUAUGAAAAUCCAUAAACAAAUUAAAAUUAUUAUGAGCAAGAUUAAAAUUCUAAAAACUAAUUAAAUUACUCGCCUAAAGCUUAAGAAAAAAAUAUUGAAAUAAAAAAUUACAACAUGGUUAAAAAGCAACCAGUCAAGACAAUCAACAAAAAUAUGAAUGACUUGGAGAAGAUAUAAAGUAACUUAGGAAACAUAGAAAAGUAAUUAGAAUAGUUGAACUAAAAAUACCAUAAAUAUUAACCAAACCAAUAAGUAGAAGAAAAAGAUAUGGAAGAUAGGUUGUUUACAUUUUAGGUUGAUGAGCGCAUUUACAAAAAGUUUAAAAAAUAUCUACCUUAAGAUAUCACUUAAAGAGCCAACUAAAUUUAAAAAUUUGAAUAAUUUAGCACUCAACUCUCUGACAAAAAAAAAUAUGAAGAAUAGCAAUAAUUAGAAGAUUAUUUAGAUAAUUAAAUUAAAAAUUAGCUUCAAAAGUUCUUACCUUUAGAUGUGAGCUAGAGAUUAUAAAUAGAAAACGAAAGCUAGCUUUAUUAACCCCUAGAAGCAAGUUAAAAUAUAGAAAAAAAUCCUCAGCUUGAGGAUUAUAUCAAUAAAAAAAUUUAAGAAAGGCUUAUGGCUUAUCUUCCUAAUGAUGUAAUAGCUCGCAUGAAUUAAAUACCUUAGGAAAACUAAAAAGUCAAGAAAAAAAAAGAUAAAUUGUAAUAGUAAAUGACUAAAGAUUCAGAUAGAGUUUUGCUGGAAAAAAUGAGUCCUUAAGAGUAGGAAGAGUUUAUUAGGUAAAAAACUGAAAUUGUCAAUGAAUAUAAAAAAUAAUAAGAAUAACUUAUUAAUGAGUAAUAUAAGCUAACAGAUGAGAAAAAUAUAGAACUUGAAAAGUAAAGGAUUCGUAUGUAGUUAAAAUCAAGCGAAAGAAUGGCUAGAUUAGACUAAAAUAAUUAAAAAAAAAUAGUUUAAAAUAAAUCAAAUCAAAAAAAUUAAUAUGAAAACUAUUAUAAUGAUAUUGAAUCAAAAUCUUAACAAUAACAAUAAUAAAAACAACUGUUUCAACAAAAUAGAUAAAGAAACUAUGUAGAUAGCUAAAGAAAUGGUAGUAGAGGAGGUUAGAAUAACAUUCUUUAAUAGAUUGAUGCUUCUGAAAGUUAAUAUUUAACCAAUAACGAAUAGUCUAUAAGUCCUAGAAGCACUUUUUAUAAAAAUUCAGCUAAUGAUGAAAAAACACACUCUUUUUUUAAAAAUCACAACUAAAAUGGUACAAGUGUGAGACAGUAUAAUGGAGUACUGAGCUAAGAAAAUGAUGAUAGUGAAUCACCAAAAAAAGCUGAAGUAUUUGGUAAAUUAGAAUAAUAUGUUUAUAAACCACCUAGAUCAAGAUCAAUUUCUCCUACUAGAGAAUUAAAUGAGUCAAUAAAUUAAAGUCCAGAUAAUAAUACUAAAUUAAAUAAGUCAUACAUAGUUAAAUAAAGAAAUGGGACUAACAAUUCUUUUCUUUCCAAAGGAAAAUAUUCAUUAUUUUAAUAAAAUAAUUCAAAUAAUCAAUCUCCAAACAAUAAUCCUUACUUGCUUUAAGACCCAAAUCAUAAUUAAAACGUUUCUUUUCCUGCAAAAUCAAGCAUAGAAAAUUAAAUUGAUGAAGUUGUUCCUAAAUAAUAGAAUAAUUAAUCAUAAAAAUAGAAAUCUUUAGAAAAAGUUCCUUCUUCUCUUCUGAUUUCCAAUUAAUAAGGAUAGAUAAGAUAGGAAAAAGCUCCAAAUAAAUCAUAUUAAUUCAAAACAGUAUAAGAUUUUAAUUUUGAUCAAUAGCAGGGUUACAAUGAUCAAUCUAAAAAAGCUCUGUAUUCACAACAAAAACUAGAUCCUAUGUCAAUCAGUCUUUCUAAAAAUCAUAAAGAAAGAAAUGAUUAGUAAUAAUAAAAUAUUAAAGAUGAUAUUAUUAAAGACAAUUAGAAAUCAGAAAAAGACUUGAAUGAAAUCUAGGAGGAUACCAAAGAAAAUAUUUCUACUAUUCACAAUAACAGUGGAAUUAUUGCAGGAAACAAUUCACCCAAAUAGUCACAGAUAAUAAAUGGAAGUAUAGCUGAGUUAAGAUAUCAAAACAGUCAAUAAUAAGAAGAUGGUUAAAAACAAUUAAAAGAUCAUUAAAAAAAUAAUCAAUAACCAAAUUAAGGUAUCUAUGAUUAAGCUCACUAUAAUAAAGAAAAACAAUAGAAAGAAUCAUUGAAAAAUAACAAAAAAGAAAUCCCAAAUGAAUAAAAAUUACAUCACGAGUAAUAGUUAAACCAAAAAAAUCAUCCUAACAAUUAAAAUUAGCAGAGUCAAUCCGAAUAAAGACAGGAUUUGACAAAAAAUAUGAAAUAGUUUAAUGAGCAGAGUAAAGAUCAAGAUAUGUUCAAAUCAGAUCCAUAAGUAACUAACCAAAAUCAAAGUAAUCACUUCAUUGGUAAUAAUUAAAACUCGUAGCUCGAUUUUACUGUUUAAAAUAAGUAUGAUCCUUAAAAAGAAACAUUUAACAGUUUAUUUUAGUUAAGCUAUUUAGAUACACCAUUUCAAUCAAAUAUAAAAAUGAAAGUGUACAAUUUAUAGAAUUCUAAUCCUAUAGAUUUGGAUUGGGAAUUCAAGUAUAUGUUAUAAAACCUCACGCCUAUAUCUCCUAAGCUAUUUUAAGGAACUACCUAUACAAAAGAUUAGGAGACAAGUUAAGUUAAUGUGAGAUAAUCAACAUACAUCUCAUACAAUUAUAAUGCCUCUAAUCUUUGUAAGGAAUAUUUCAAGGAUAUUCAUAUUCUUUAUCAAAUAAACAAAGAAUUUAGAUAGAAUAGAGAGAAUACACCAUCACCUAUAUUGCUUUCUCUUCCAGUUUGCUUUGAAAUAAAUAAAAACUAGUUGGAGAUAAUGUGCGAAACGAGUAAAUUUUUAAGUAUGACAGAAAUGAUUAGGAGAAGAAAAAAUCAGAGUGGUUAAGCUUACAAUGAAAAUGAGUUGGCUUUUAUUUUUCAUAGCAUUUUAAAGAGUAUCGAGGUAUUUGAAAAGAAAGGAAUUUUGCAUAGCUAUCUAACAACUGACAAUCUCAUUUACUGCAUAGAGUCAUAUUCUUAUAAGUUGUAAAACUUUUCAUUAAGUUAGGCAUUUAGUGCUUCAGAUCUAUCAAAGAAUUAAAGGAUUUAUAAUAUAUAUUAUAAAUAGCCUUAUAUUUAGAAUGAAUAGAACUCAUAAACGAAUUCUAAAUAAUGUAAUUUUACUCCUUUUUAUGCUGACAGAUACGCAUUAGCCAUCUCCUUUUUCUGCAUAUAAUAGCUGAUAGAACCUACUGAAAUAAACUAAAAUGUUAUUUCUAGAGCUAUCAAGUUAAUGGAAUAAAAGAAAGAUAAUGCAUCAGUAAGUAAUUAAGUAAUUCUACAUCUGUUAAAUUUUUCAAAUCAGCAACAAUAAGAUACUUAUAGUGUUAAUUAGUUUUGGAGCUAAAUUUUUAAUUUACUUGACAGUAUUUAGCAUAUAUAACCUGAUGACGAAGAACUAGCUUCUGUAACAAUAUCAAAUUUAGAUAACUAAGCAUAAGAUAAAAAGCAUAAUGUUGAGUAUAGAUCAGAAAGUGUUAUCAAAUAAUUAGCUGAUCAAAGCUACACAACAUUUUAAUUUUCAAAAAGUCUAGAUUUGUAUAUACAAUUGCUAGAAUUGCAAGAGCAAAAAUAUGGAAAAAAUGAUGAAAAGUGCAUACCCACAUUAAAUAAAAUUUGGAAAAUAUACUUUAGCAAUAAUGAUUUCGAAAAAAGUUAUAUUUAUUGUAUUUAAUAUACAGAAUUAGCUAAGCAAAACUAUUAAAAACAAAAAAAAUUGCAUUUAUAGUAAACCAAAAAGACAUAGUUAACAUAAAUUGACAGCCAAUAAAAUACGGAGUAGAUGUCAGCUUUCAACAAGCUGUAAAGAAACUUAGUCACUGAUUUUAACUUGAGUGGUUAGCUUAAGUGGUAGCUUGAUAAAAAAUAAGAAGCAAUAGGUGAUUAUGAAAUGGCACUCUAACUUUAAAUAGAAAUUUAUGGUGAAAAUGAAUACAAUGUGAUCAAAAAUAUUAAUAACAUAGGUGUGUAUUAUUCUAAUAUUAAUUAAAUGGAUAAAGCUAUUGAGAUUAUAAAAAACGCUAUUAGUAAAAUGGAGCAGUAGAAUAUAACAGAUUAAUUAUAUACAUCUGCUUUGUAUAAUAUCGGAAAUCUAUUGAGUGAUAAUGGGUAAUUAUCAGAAGCUCUUCCUUAUCUAACUAAGUCUUACGAAAUCAAAAAGAAAACUCUAGGUAAUAACUAAGAAGUGGGUAAAUUGGCUCAUCUGAUUGGUACGCUUCAUUUCUAGCUUAAGAGCUAUUAAUAGAGUUUAUCUUUCUUGGAGGAAGCUGUCUAAAUUUUACAAAAGUUUUCAGAACCUGAUGACUCAGAAUAUAUUAAGUAUAAAAGAAAUUAUAUUGUCUCUCUCGUAAAAAAUAAUUUACAUCAAUAAGCAAAUUAGUAAAUAGAAUCCAUUCUUUAAGCUUUGUCUUAAUCUACUUUUCAAUCUUUUACAGAAACACCUUCAUAGGUUUACUACGACUUGGGUAGUUUCUUGGAGAAAAUACUUAAAUAUGACUAUGCAAAAUUAUCAUAUGAAUAAAGUAUUAAUUAAUUGAAGUCUAGUAAUGUUGAAUAAGAUGAUGCAACAUUACAGGCUUGUCUAAAACGAAUAAAUUCUUUGUAAAAUAAAAUAGAAAAUUAGUAAAAAUCAGAUUUAAAAAGUUAGAAUUAGGAAGAUUAGUAACAAAUUGUGUCAGAUAAAAUGGCAGAAAAUAAGUAAAAUAAAUAACAAGAUUAGAAAUAAGUUGUGCAGCAAUAGAUAAUAGAGAAUAAGUAAAAUAAAUAGUAAGAUUAGAAAUAAAUUGUGUAAGGUAAAACAAUAGUAAGUAGUUAGAAUAAAUAGCCUGAUUCGAAAUAAGCUGUGUAAGAUAAAAUGGAAGAAAAUAAUUAAAAUAAGUAGCAAGACUAGAAAUAAAAUAACCACUAGCUUGAAACAUAAAUUAAUAAAUAAGAGCAUAAAAGUAUUGAUUAAAAUAUUAUUAAUAAUCCCUAAUCUUUAUAACCAGAUAAUAAUCAUGCUGAUAUAAAACCAAAACAAGCCCAAUAAGAAGCAAAUAAUUAAAAUAUAAACAACAUAGUGAUAAAUGAUAACAAUUAAAAUAAGAAAGAAGUGAAUAGUAGUAAUCUUAACAGUAAUAACAAUAAAACUAAUAACAACAGCCACAGUGAUAACAACAAUACUAAUAGCAACAAAAAUAUUAUUGCUAAUAACAAUAACAAUAUUAGCACCAAUAACAAUAAUAACAACAAAAAUAGCAAUAGCAGUAAUCAUAUUUAAUCAUUUAGCAACAUUGUUUUUGAUGAUAAUAAAAACAAUUAAUAACAAUAAUAAAACUUGAAAAAUUCAACUAACAAUAAUUCUAAAGAUGUAAAUUAGAAUAAUUAGAAUACCUCUAUUCCAUAUUAACUUAAGGUUUCUAGUAAUAUUAAAUAAAAUUAAGCUAUAAACCAGGAUAAAUAAACAUAAGAUGAAGCAAAUAAAUAGGGUGAUUCACAAAUAGCAAAUUAAAAUCAACACAAUUAAAUUAAAACUGAUAAAAAUAAAGACUCAAAUUAAGGAACAAAUAAUCAAUAACCAAAAAUUUGA